AACGGUUUGCGGCGGUCUGGUCUGGUUGUCAAUAAAAGUAAAUGCUAAACGUGAAACUUUUUAUUUCAAAGGUGUACACAAAAUUUAAUUUCAAACAAAAGUGACUGGCCGAAUAUUUACCAAGUUAAGUGCUCAGCUUAAAUUACUUUACUAAAACCUGUAAGGAUGCUAGUUUCUAAGAGCCGAAACUUAUAUACCCUUGAAGUUCGACUUUUUUUAAACUGUGCGUCUGAAAUAUACAUGUUCAAAGGUUCAACAGGUAGAUGUUCACGAAUGGAAAAGUGGAAUUAAAAAGCACUCGGUGACGGUAAUGGCCAGCAAUGAAGGGUCCGCUUUUCGUGUACGGGACGCAUGGGGCCAGGGCAGGCAAAGACUAGUUUACAUAGACACAGACGGUCAUUGAUUGUCAUCCUGAUCAGUAAUGUAUAUUAUUUAUGGGAUCGGAGAUGCUUUCUUCUGUGGACUACAAAUAUCUGACCAGUUCUAUAAUACCCUUUUCAAGAGUAUAAAAACCACAAAAAAAAACCUCAUUGCCAUUUCAAUAAUAAACAAAACAAACAAAACACUCGCUCAUGAAUAAUUUUGUAGUAUAAAGGAAUUUCUCUUAUGUUUUAGUGGGUGAACGAACUUUGACGAACAAUAAAUACACUCUCUGUCAUUCUGCUAGGGCAUUAGAAGUUCGCCUCGGCGAAAUAAAGACUUAGUAUCAAUCCAAUUCUUCCAUUCCGAUUUGGUUUUUUUUUAAUUUGAACAUACUAAUUUACGUGCUGCUGACGCUGUCUGCUGCUGCUACUGUGUGGCAUUUAUUUGACCUAUUAACGGUAAAAGCAGCGACACAACGCAAUUCACAUGCUAAUUAGAUGGGACUUGACUAGAAGCCGUUCUGGACUGUGCUGUGCAGAAAUGUAGAUAUUUUUUUUCAGUUGGCAGUAGUAGUGUAUAACCAGCCAUUCCUGUGGCAACUGGUUCAGUAUUCCCAUUCGUACAGCCAUGAAAUCUGUCAUCGAAUCAAUUAUGCGUCGCUUCAGCUGAAGUGUGGCAUUGGGGGAGCAACUAGCACAGCACAGGCUGGACAUCGAGCCCCAUUGCAAUUGCCGAUUCAUUUUUAUUCCCGUUUCCCGAGCUGUGACGUUCAGAGACACAAACCAUGCAUUUUCUGGUCCUGCUGUGGCUGCUGCUGCCCCUGCUGACUGCCUCCGAGGCGGGCAACGAUCCGGCCAAGCCUCACAUCAUCUUCAUUCUGGCCGAUGAUUUGGGGUUCAACGACGUGGGCUUCCAUGGCUCGGCAGAGAUUCCCACGCCCAACAUCGAUGCAUUGGCCUAUUCGGGCAUCAUUUUGAAUCGAUAUUAUGUCGCUCCGAUCUGUACACCAUCGAGGUCCGCACUAAUGACUGGAAAAUAUCCCAUUCAUACGGGUAUGCAGCAUACGGUGCUCUAUGCGGCUGAGCCACGUGGACUGCCCCUGGAGGAAAAGAUUCUACCACAAUAUUUGAAUGAUUUGGGUUACACCUCCCACAUAGCUGGAAAAUGGCAUCUGGGGCAUUGGAAGCUCGAGUAUACGCCGCUGUAUCGGGGAUUUAGCAGUCAUGUGGGCUUCUGGUCCGGCCAUCAUGACUACAACGAUCAUACGGCCGUCGAGAAACACCUAUGGGGCCUGGACAUGCGCAACGGAACGGAUGUGGCCUACAAUCUUCACGGACAGUACACGACAGAUGUGAUAACAAGGCACUCGGUCUCGGUGAUAGCCAACCAUGACGCAACGAAAGGUCCACUUUUCCUGUACGUGGCGCAUGCGGCUGGUCAUUCGGGCAACCCGUACAAUCCACUGCCGGUGCCAGACGACGAUGUGAUGAAGCUGGACCACAUUAUCCACUACAAGCGUCGCAGAUACGCCGCCAUGGUCGCCAAAAUGGAUGAGAGCGUAGGCCUGAUUGUGGACCAGUUGCGAAAGUCGAACAUGCUGCAAAACUCGAUCAUUGUCUUCUCCUCGGACAACGGUGGCCCGGCUCAGGGAUUCAACUUGAACUUUGCCUCCAACUAUCCGUUGCGGGGCGUGAAGAACACUCUGUGGGAGGGAGGCGUUAGAGCCGCUGGCCUCAUUUGGUCGCCGCUUCUCGAGAAGAGGAGACGCGUUGUCGACGAGACCAUGCACAUCAGCGACUGGCUACCGACGCUGAUGGAGGCCGCUGGAGGCAAUCCGGCUCUGGCCAAUCUCAGCCAGAGUUUAGAUGGGAUGAGCCUUUGGCAGACCCUGGUCCAUGACUUACCAUCGCCACGAAAGACUGUGCUUCACAACAUCGACGACAUCUGGGGCAGCGCCGCCUUGACGGUGGGCGACUGGAAGAUGAUCCAGGGCACUAAUUACAAUGGAAGAUGGGACGGCUGGUACGGACCGGGUGGGGAGCGAGAUCCUCAUCUUUAUAACUGGAACCUGGUGCUCAAGAGUAGGAGUGGAAAUGCCAUGGCUGGGAUGAAAAUGCUCCCAAGUCGGGCGGAUCAGCAGAGACUGCGAGCGGCUGCCACCGUCACCUGUCAAGGGCAAUCGACUCAAGGCACCAGUUGUGUGGCGACGGCAUUUUCAGCCCCAUGUUUGUUCCAUGUGCGCGACGAUCCCUGCGAACAAUUCAACCUGGCGGCACAAUAUCCCAAGGUACUCGACUUAUUGAUGGCCGAGCUUCAGCAUAUCAACUCCACUGCUGUCCCGCCGUCCAACCAACCCGAUGAUCCCAGGGCAAGUCCUAUGUACUUCAACUACACAUGGGCCAACUUCGGGGACUAUUAUGACUACAGCAAUGAAGCUGUCCUGGGUGAUAUAAGCUCGCCUUUGAUGGACAAUGUGAAGAAGACUGCCUAGAAUAAAGUUAUCAAGUUUUUAA